UUUUUUGGUUUCAUGGUAAUAUCGGUUCCUUUAACGCCUUGUAAAAGACAAUAACAACAAAGAGAAGAAAGGGAUACACAAAACACAACACAGAUAAUUAAAACAAAAAAUAAACUUAAAGAAGAACACACCCAUUAGACACCGGACUCGAUCUACUCUAUCACCGCCCCUGAUCAUCUCCGGCAACAUAAGAUAUAUUGAUACAUGCCAACACAGAGCUUAGUUGGAUGACAAUGGCGGCGCCGGCAACUGCAAAACCAAACAUCUAUGAAUAUGAUGAGGAUGACGAUGACAUGCCCUUAGUUUUUAAAAGGGGUAAUAACUCAACAACUAAGCAAAAUCAGUCGAAUCCGGAAGUGAAGAAACCAUUAUUGUCUUCUCAGAACUCCAAUGGCCAAAGCUCCAAUGCUCAGAAGGGUAAAAGCACUGUUCCAUCUUUGAAGGCAUCACCGGUAAAGUCUCCAAUAGGGAGCCCUAAAGCAUCAACGUCAUCUGCCAAGGCAUCUCCAUUGAGGUCACCAGUGGCAAAUUCAAAAGGAUCAAGUUCUUUAGAUGAACAGUUAAAACAGGCAUCUAAUGUUGUGAAGGAUGUCAGUUCUGCUAAACCUGAAAUUGGACUCAAAUCUGUUAAACACGAGACUAAAUCAAAUGGUGAUGAUGAGGAUUCUGAGGAUGACUUACCAUUGAGUGCUAGAAGAAAGGGAAAUACAAACAAUGUCAGCAAGGUGGUUACUGCACCUAAACGUGUCAAAGAUGAAGAUUCAGAUGAUGAUAAAGUCCCAUUGUGCUCAAGGUUCCCAAUGAAGUCAACUGCAGGGACAUCUGGUAAUAAGCUUAACAACAUUAGUGAAAAGAAACCUUUGCCUUCAAAAGUUCAACAGAAUGGUUCCACUUCAAAGGACAAGCAACAGAAAGCUCCACUGAUUCCAACUAAGCGACCUCUCGAUAAGGCUAAUUCUUCCGAGCAAUCUUCUAUUAAAAAGCCUAAGCUUUCUGCUGGAUCCACAAUAACAAAAGUCAAGCAAGCAACAGUUAAGGCAGAAGAAGAUGAUCCUGAUGACAUCCCAAUUGCCCAGAGAAAGAAGAGCUUAGGCUCCUCUGAGAGCAAAUUGUCAUCUGCUAAGCAGAAAGCAAUAAAAGUUGUUUCUUCAUCAUUCAAAAAGCCGAUUAAGAAGAACAAGAAACAAAUGAAAAAUACAAAAUACUCUAAGUCAACAAAAGUACAGCCUAGCUCCACCGAUGGGCAGAAAAAAUGGACUACCUUGAUUCACAAUGGUGUGAUUUUUCCACCUCCUUACAAGCCUCAUGGCAUUAAGAUUCUCUACAAGGGCCGGCCAGUUGAUUUGGCACCUGAACAAGAGGAGGUUGCAACAAUGUUUGCAGUGAUGAAAGAUACAGACUACAUGCAAAAACCAAAGUUUCUAGAGAACUUCUGGAAUGAUUGGCGCAAACUAUUGGGGAGGAACCAUGUAAUACAGAAGUUGGAGGAUUGUGAUUUCACUCCAAUAUAUGAAUGGCAUGAACGGGAGAAGGAGAAGAAGAAACAAAUGAGUACAGAAGAGAAGAAGGCCCAGAAAGAAGAAAAAUUGAGGCAAGAGGAGAAGUACAUGUGGGCUAUUGUUGAUGGUGUGAAGGAAAAGGUCGGAAAUUUCAGAGUUGAACCACCUGCGCUGUUUCGAGGACGGGGAGAGCAUCCUAAGAUGGGGAAGUUGAAAAAGCGCAUCCAGCCAAGCGACAUUACCAUAAAUAUUGGAAAAGAUGCCCCAAUUCCUGAAUGUCCUAUUCCUGGUGAAAGCUGGAAGGAAGUAAAACAUGAUAAUACUGUUACAUGGUUGGCUUUCUGGAAUGAUCCAAUCAAUCCAAAAGAAUUCAAGUAUGUUUUCUUGGCAGCCAGUAGUUCCUUGAAGGGGCAAAGUGACAAGGAAAAAUACGAAAAAGCAAGGAAGCUGAAGGACUACAUACAUAAUAUCAGAGCAGCUUAUCAAAAGGAUUUGAGGAGUAAAGAUAUUACGAAGAAGCAAAUAGCAGUUGCUACCUAUCUUAUUGAUAAGCUAGCUCUUAGGGCGGGUAAUGAGAAGGAUGAUGAUGAAGCUGAUACUGUUGGUUGUUGUACACUAAAGGUAGCAAAUGUAGAGUGUAUUCCUGGAAGCUUUAAUUUAAAGUUUGACUUCCUUGGUAAAGAUUCAAUUCGAUAUGAAAACACAGUUGAGGUUAAGCCUGAGGUGUAUGAGGCAAUUGGAACCUUUCAAAAGGGUAAAAAGCAAACUGAUGAUCUUUUUGACAAGCUGGAUACAACUAAACUGAAUGCUCACCUAAAGGAACUCAUGCCUGGCCUUACAGCAAAAGUUUUUCGUACAUAUAAUGCAUCAAUCACAUUGGAUGAAAAGUUAUAUGAGGAAACUGAGGAUGGUGAUGUUGCAGAAAAAGUUGUGAUUUACCAACGGGCAAACAAGGAGGUUGCAAUCAUUUGUAAUCAUCAGCGUACAAUCUCAAAAUCCCAUGGUGCACAAAUGUCAAAGUUGAUAGAGAAAAUUGAGGAACUUAAGGCCACUCUGAAAGAGCUGAAAACUGAUUUAGACAGGGCCAAGAAGGGGAAGCCCCCGCUGAAGGAUGCAGAUGGAAAGCAAAAGAGGAACUUGAGUCCUGAAAAUAUAGAGAAAAAGAUUGCAUCAACCAAUCAAAGAAUUGAGAAAAUGGAACUAAAUAUGAAGACCAAAGAGGAUCUGAAAACUGUGGCAUUAGGCACGUCCAAAAUCAAUUACCUUGAUCCUAGAAUCACUGUUGCAUGGUGCAAGCGACAUGAAGUUCCCAUUGAAAAGAUAUUUAACAAAUCUCUACUAGCUAAGUUUACGUGGGCAAUGGAUGUGGAUCCUCAAUUCAGAUUCUAAUUGAUGGCAAGUUGAGGAGUAACAAUGUAAUAUCCACUCUCCAAGCCCCUCGGGAAAAGAAAUUCCCACAAAAGAGAAAAAGGAAAAAAGAAAACCGUACAAUCCCUCCCUCUUCUUUUUAUCAUUCUCGUUACAGUUAAUUUAACAUUUUUUUUUCUUCUCCUGUUAAAGUGGAAAGUUAAUGUUGUAUGUUCAAUCUAAUCUAAUCAUGGGGGCGAUUGCUCCCCUUCUCA